CGAUACUAUCGCAUCGCAUAUAGUUUUUAAUUGUACCAAGUACAACAAGACAAAACUACCCAUCGCUAAGGAAAUAACAGCGGCAUUUCUAAACUUGUAUUAAAAAUUAGAAUUUUGUUCAAAUAUUCAAAAAAAAUGUCGUUUAUGAACCCCGUGGACAUGGUGGAUGAGGAUGCCGCCGACUUGCAGUUCCCCAAAGACAAACGCAUAGCCGAUCAGGUCCAGCGUGCGACUAUGAAGUUUGCACGUGCCCGCCCCGAUGGACAGACCAAGUGCACCACAGUCUUCUACCAGGCGAAAGCGCUGCACAGGCAACUGGAUAAACUGGAGGAAAGGGCGCGCGAUGAGAGUAGCAACUGCAGUGCCUUGCCUGCCGAUGGCGGUGGCCCCAGCUGCGCCACGUGUCGCUGCCAACUUAACGAGCCAUACAUCAAGUGCUCCGAGUGCCUGGACACGUUGCUGUGCCUGCAGUGCUUCGCGCGAGGCCGCGAGAUAGCCACGCAUAGGAACUGCCACGCCUACAUCAUAGUACGCGACGACAUUCGCGUGUUUGCCGACGAGCCAGACUGGACGGCGCGGGACGAGCGUGUGCUGCUGCAAACGCUGCGUACGCAGGGCUAUGGAAACUGGGAGGCGGUCUCACAUGCUCUGGGCGAACGCCACAGUCCGGCAGAGAUUCGUCGUCACUACCACGACUGCUACUUUGGGGGGAUCUUUGAGCGUCUGCUGGGACUGCAGCACGCGAGGCACAGCUACCUGCCAGAGCGAAUGCCAUAUGUGUUCAAGAUGCGCAGCCUGGACCCGCCGCGUCACGAUGACAUCGCCUCCAUGCAGUUCAAGCUCAGUGCCGGCUAUCGCUGUGCCCGCGGCGACUUCGAUACGCCCUACGACACCUCCGCCGAGAGUCUACUCUCCAUUAUGGUGGCCCAGGAGAGUUUCAGCAACGAGGAUCAGCAAGAGGAAAGCCGCACGGAAAGAGAGCUGAACGAGGUGCUGCGCUUGGCACUGGUGCGUGCCUACAACAAUCGCUUGAGAGAGCGGAGGCGUCGGUACACUAUCAUUCGGCAGAACGGUCUCAUCAUGCCCAAUCGCACCGUCAGCUGGAUCACCAAAUACGUGCACGCAUUCAGCAGCGAUGCCAGCUGCAUGCGUUUCCUGGGCUUCAUGCAGCUGUGCGAACCCAUGCACUUUGACAUGCUGGUGGAGUCGCUGCGCUACUUUCGCGAACUGCACAUCCGUCUGUACAAACUGUACGAUCUGCGCCAGCAGGGCGUCCGCACAUUGUCCGGUGGAGCUCGGUACGCGCGUCUGCUCAGGCAGCGCCAGGACGCUCAACGAGAUUACGCCAGGCAAAGGCAGAGCAGUGCACUCGACCUGCAGCAAAUUGUGCAAAACUGCCGGAGCUUGGGGAACUCUGAACAGUUGGCCGCGGGCCUUGGCUCCAAGAUCUAUAUGAAUACGCGCAAAAAGGCCAGUCCCAUGGAGGUUGGAGAUCUUCCUGGUUACUCAAAGCUGGACGAUGCUGAGCGCAAGCUGUGCAGUGUAGUUCGACUGGUGCCACAAUCUUAUCUGGACUUUAAGAAUCAACUCAUCUCGGAACAGGCUAAGCUGGGACAUCUGCGACUGGCUGAUGCGCGGCGUCUCAUCAAGAUCGACGUGAACAAGACGCGUCAGAUCUAUGACUUCCUGCUGGAGCAUGGCCACAUCAGCAGGCCGCCGUCCUACGGCUAGCCCUUAGUUCUGCCCCCAAUGUUUCACUUAGUUUGAGAAUGCCGAGACGCUGCUAAUAUCGGAGGUGCAUAUGCUGCUCGACCAUCGAAAGCGUCAGAACGAGUCCGCCGACGAGGAGCAGGAGUUCUCCGAGGUGUUUAUGAAAACCUAUGCCUACACGGACAGUUUUC